CUUUCUGUAACGUAACAUUUUCCCGUAGCAUUUUAUUACAAAAUCUUAGCUGGCUUUUAAUUUAGAGAGAAAGUCAAAGUGGAGUGUAUUGUCUUCCUGGUUAGCUCUAUAUUUCUAUAAACAUCAUUUCACUGUUUCUAGAGUAGAUCUAGAGAAUAACUAGAUCUAUAAUCUUAGAAUCUAAAUCUAGACUAGAUAAAUAUAGAUCUAGAAUAAAUAUUACUGGGUGACUCUGAAAAUGUCUCCUCCAAAAGUUUCUUUGGCUGGAAAGGAAUAUAAAGAUCAUCUUGAGAAACCAGUUUUUGAUGAGAUUUUACCAGAAAAGAAAGAGGCCUCAGAUUUUCCACCUGUAAUAAAUGUUCAAACAGAACGCAGGGCUUGGAGUCUCAGACAGCAGCGAAAGCAUCAACGAUGUAGAAGAAUUGCUUGUGGAGCCUUAAUAGUAAUUGGAGUAGCUGUUGCAGCCCUUGGAACUAUGUUGCUGGUCCUUCACUUCCGUCACCAAAGAAAAAGUUGGGAGUGCAGAAGAAAUGGCUUACCAGAAACAGUUAAAGUUGACGCAGAUAAUAAACUGAUUUUUGCCAAGCAAUACCAUGAUGACAGCAGCAAUACAAGAGCCAUGGAAGUCCUUCAUGAAUAUGACAGAGGUCUCAUUGCAUACAAAGAUAUUGAAAAUAACACAUGCUACAUUGAUCGCCUUGAUGAAGAAUUUGAAGAUGGCUAUGAACGCUGGCAGUUGUAUGAGAAAAAUGAGCACAAUGAGCGAAAAUACCUGAAGGUAAUUAGUGGACCCAUUGAGAUUGAUGUCAUCAGACACAUAGGAGAUAUCCACAUUACUGCCCACUGUGAAAAUGCUGUAUCAGUUUGGGUUAUGGAGAUUGAUAUUCAAGAAGUGGCCACAGACAUGGAGAUUAUCAACAUUUAAAGCUCAGCUUCUUGAACAUCUUAUUUAUGUUGUUUUUUUUUUAAAUUUUAAAAACCCUUUUUGUAUUCUCCAUGAUGUAAUCUAUGUAUUAGACAGACUCAUACAAAUGAUGUCACAAAGCUCAUCAAAUCAAAUUGUAAACUAAUAUACACAAAUAAUCAGGCCAUUCUAGAAUGUUAAAAUUGCUAUUGAUAUUAAUUUUAAGACGAACAAUGGACCUCAUUCACCAAUGGUAAACAAACACUCUUGAGCCACAUGCUUCCCGACCUAUUCUAUUCAAUUAACAACCUAAUUUGAAUCAAACAUGGAUAUCACAUGAAUAUCACAUAUGGAUAUGACAUGACCAUAUUUUUCAUUCUUUUAUCAAUGGUCAUCAUGUGACCGUGACCAUUUGAUUUGGUAAUUUUUAACUUUAUACAUCAAAGAAUGGCUCUCAAAAGACUUCAAAUUUAAUGGUAAAAUUUGAUGUCCACAUGUGGACUAAAGCUUAACUAAAAACUAGCUAAUCCUGACUGAUACUUAACUAACAAUGAGGAGGAGAUACUAUUCCUAUCAAAUGCUAUGGAUAAGAAAGCCCAUAGGCAUCAAAUAAAUUUGAAUCUCAUUCAUCUCCACAGAGUGCCUUGUGAAAAAAAACUCCUAGCAUCUCUAGCUCACUAUGCAUUGUUUAUUAAAAGUUAUUGUGGAUUCCAUUUUUGUUUUGGUCUAAACCCUAAGAAAAUGUUAAUGAUUAUCUGCAUUGGAAAGGUAAUUAUACUUCUGUAAACCCACUCAAGUAUCUGUUUGCCUAGCAUUAGAAUUCCUUUCCUCCUCUACAUUGUAUAAAACAAGCAGCAACACUACUCCCUUCAAACAACAUACUAAUUUGUACCCACACAUUGUUUUGUUCAACAAUAUUAUCAUUCCAGUUUUUCUCUUCUCUUAAAUAACAAGCUUAUUUCUCAAGUGCAACUUACAGAAUCUAAAAUUAUAGGAUACUGCUGAUUACUUAUACUUGAUCUAUUGUUACAAAUUAUUUUCGAUAGAUUACAAAUGACAAAAAGUCUGUAAAAUUAAUGCCAAUGUACGAAGCUUAGGACUACAAAUGCAUGGGAAAUGAACAAUGACAAGUUUAUUAGUUGUGGGAUACUAUUUUAUUUAGAAAUGGUCAUGUUGUGAACUCUUUUAGUAAUAAACAUUGGGAUUGCUUUUAUUUUAUGACUAGAAAAUAAUGUUUAUUGACUUUCAAUAAUGACAAGAAUGAUUGUAAAAUAUAAAUAUCCCUUUUUUUUUUAAUGGAUGAGAUCUUUUGUCAUAUCCAUGUUACAGUUGUACAGAUGAAAAUCAAACUAUAUUCCAUUUGUGUACAUUUCAUUUUGUGUGCACUUACUAACCAUUGAAAAUAAAAAAAAAAAGCUUCA